GUGUUCGCUUUCUCCAAGCUCAAAACCUUACUCAAUUCCGAACACUCUUUUCUCCUUGUUAAACGCCCACAGUUGAAAAUCAAUCAAGUGAAAAUGGGGUCAAUGCCAGCAACCAACGCAAGAAUUCCGCCCCCAAAUCCCGACUAUCAAUGGGAUAAAUACAGUACCAAGAGAAACAAUGUCAACGGACAUUGUGAAUGCAAAUGGACGCCAGAGACGGGAUGGUCCGAGCCUGAGUUUGUGACGAGCCCCUACCUACAGUUGCAUGGGUUGGCACCGGGAUUGCAUUACGGCCAACAUGUUUAUGAGGGUUUACAAGCCCGACGGACGCAAGACAAUAACAUACUUAUUUUCCGCCCCGAGGCAAAUGCACAGCGCAUGCAGCAAGGAGCCGAGGCCAUUUCCAUGCCCGCGGUGCCCGAAGAGCUUUUUCUCAAGGCUGUCCAUUUGGCAGUGGCCCGCAAUGCCGAAUUCGUUCCACCUGCUGACUACACAGGAAGCUUGUAUAUUCGACCUCUUGAGUUUGGCUCAGGGUGCCAGAUUGGGCUGGAUCAGCCAGACGAGUACAUGUUCUGCGUCUUCGUGCAUCCCCAGGGCAUUGACCUUUACGGCAACGGAACGCUGCGGGCGCUAGUAUGCGAGGACUUUGAUCGAGCAGCCACUCGAGGCACUGGUUCUUUUAAAGUUGGCGGUAACUACGCACCCGUCAUGAAGUGGUCGAGGGAAGCGAAGAAGCCGGAAAACGGUGGCUGGGGUGUGCUUUUGCAUGUCGACAGCAAGACGCAAACGUAUAUCGAUGAGUUUAGUUCGUCAGGUUUCAUUGCCCUCUCAACUGCACUAGAUCCGGAUACUCAGUGCGAACGCACAACGGUAGUGUUGGCGACUAGUCCCGCUGCCCUUGAAAGCAUCACUGCGGUGACUGUGUCCGAAUUGGCGUCGUCAUUUGGAUGGGAAGUUGUUAAGCGACAGGUAAGCCUAGAUGAGCUCACGAACUUCAGCGAGGUGCUUGCAGUAGGUACAGCUGCCGGUUUGGUGUCAGUGUCGCUGAUUCGGCACGAAUCGACCGAUCGUGAUUUUAAAUUCGUGGAGAAUGGACCCGGUUAUCAGAAGCUAUCUAAGAUGCUCAAGGAUAUUAAACAUGGUAGAGUGUUGGAUACUUUUGGGUGGUGCGCGCCUCUUCGCUACGAGGAGUUUGUGUCGACUAAAGAGGGUUGA